CGUGUAAACGUUGGGGAAUGCAGUUGCGGACAAGAAGUGAUCGUAUUAUAUGGUUAAAGUGUGUCAGUAUAACGUUUGAUAAACGUAGUAUUAUGCUUCAUAAGCAGAUUACAUUAGUUCUCGGAAGAAUCUUCGACUCUCAUGAUAGCGUUAUUUAACUAAUAGUGAUCUUUGUUAUUAUUAAAAAAAACAGAACGGAAUAACCUUAACCACAUCGAAAACAUCACUAUUUAUUGAGUAACAGGGCAGCCAACGUGGAAAAAUGUCAAAGUGCUCGUCGAAUUCCUAAACCAAUCUAUUAAUGAUCGACAAUGUAUUAGUACGGGACAUAUCCAUUGUAGAGAACGGUUUCUGUUCUACAAACAGGCAGAACCACGGAAGGUGUUAGAAAAAUUUGUAUUUUGUCAUCCUUGUCAUCGGAGUACCGGGAGUACUGUCAAACAAUACUCGAAAUAAAUUGUUGUCGUUAAGGGUAAAUUAAUAGACCGACAUGGGUGACGGGAGGAAUGGUGAACGGCAGCCGUUGUUAAAUAACGAUAAUGUCAUUUACAAUUCACAAGCGAGUGAUUUGGAUGAGACGCAGUUGACGGUCAGUGCAGUAGUACCUGCAAUAGGUCCUGAUGAGUUACCACCUCCAUAUGAAUCAUGCACUCAAUCAGGUGGUAUGCCUAUGGUUACUUGUAGAGUUUGUCAGGCUAUGAUAGAUAUAUCUGGUAAAAAGGACCAACAUGUUGUCAAAUGUGGUCAAUGCAAUGAAGCUACACCCAUACGAAAUGCACCACCAGGAAAGAAGUAUGUUCGUUGUCCCUGUAAUUGUUUACUAAUUUGUAAGAGCUCUUCACAACGUAUCGCUUGUCCAAGGCCAAAUUGUAAACGUAUUAUUAAUCUUGCUCCAAGUCCAAUUACACCACCUGUUCUUUCCAUGCCUGGAAUGUGUAGGGUAUGCUGUGCUCACUGUCAUGACACAUUUUUGUUUAAUACUUUGAAUAAUGCUUUGGCUCGAUGUCCACAUUGUCGAAAAAUAUCUUCUGUUGGUCCAGAUUUUGCUAGAGGUCGAGGUAUUGCAUUCAUUAUUGUUGGAAUAAUAGUCCUAGUAAUUGCAAUAGCUGUGACUGUUGGUACACAUACAUAUGUGAAAACUAGCGGUGGAAUUUAUGUAGCUUAUGUUGGUGCAUUUCUACUGGCACUUUUGUGCUUGGGACGCAGCAUUUAUUAUUGUACAAUGAAAAUUAGUAUGAUAGAAGGUCCCAUGUAGUCCCCUGAAUGACAAUCAAUUGGUAAUAUUUUAAAAUCGAUUCCUCUAACAUCUAUGUCGUAUAAUAAUAUAUUUAGAUCAAAUGUUUAUAGUAACAAUAUGACAUACAAGUCCAUUUUGGACAAUACUUGGUAGAUGUAUACAUUCUUAUGAAUGCAUAUGCAAGUUUGUAUUGUUAAUAUUAAGCAAACCCUCUUUACGUAUGCAUAUGCAGAUAUACUUACAUGUAUGGACAAAGAAAACGUGUAUCUGAUAUAUGACACUUUCUCAUGUAAGGUAAUAUAUCUAGAAUUACUAAAAAAUGAUGGGGUGCCCAUUUUAAACAUAAAGAAUUGCUCCUCUGCACUUUUAUAUACAAGCACAGGACCAAUAAAAUAUCCCUAUUGUAUUGUUUUCAUAUUUGAAAUAAAGUACGCUAUAUAUGCUUUCUACAUCUAAGGUAAACAUAUAAAAUGCACAUAGGUAUAUACACAAAUAUAACAUCAUUGCAUGAUUGUUAUUCCAAUUAUAACAGGCUAUACAUACAGCUACAUACAUUAUGUUUCUAACUC